UGGUUCAGAGAAGUCCAUCUGGGCACAGAAUUAAUCAUCCGGCAGAAAAGAGAAAUGAAAGAAGCAGAAGAAGAGCGGGGGAAUGCACUUGAAAAUGAAGAUGUGAACAAUGGUGGCCAAGGUGAUGCCUCUUCAAUUCAGACCACUUCCCAUGUAACGGAUGAUGAGAUCAAUAUUGGCACAGAAACGGGUUCAGAAAUUGUGAAUUUGGCGUAUGCCAUCCAUCCGGAGAGAAGAUGAGAAAGACGUUGAAGAAGAUGAAGGGGAACUCCUUGGAAAACAAUAACAUGAACCAUGGUGCUGAAGGAGGUGCUUCCUCAAUUAAGAUUAAUUCCCUUGUAACAGAGAAUACUGGCCUAAGUUUUGACCUAGAAAAGAUGCAUUUGGACUCGGAACCAAGCCAUCUGCAAGAAGAGAGGAAAAGAAAGAAGGUAAAGAAGAGGAAGGGGAAUGCCCUGGGAAAUAAUAAGAUAAAUCAUGUUACUGAAAAAGAUACUUCUCUAACUGAUAGUACAUCCCUUGUAAAAGAGGAUUGGAUUGAUAUUGGCUCAGAAUUAAGCAAUCCAACUGAAGAGAGGACUGGAAAGAAGCAAAAGAAGAGACAGGAAAAUGCCCCGGGAAAUAAUGAAAUUAAUCACUGUAGUAAGAAGGAUCCUUCUUUAGUUAAGAUCACUUCACUUGUAAUGGAGGGUUCAGUUGAUACUGGCAGACAGAAUGAUUCAGAAAUGGGUCAUCCUGAGUUAGGCCGUCCACCAGGAAGGGUAAAAAUAAAGAAGCGGAAGAAGAAGAGUUGCAGUGCCCUUAAGAAUGAUGAUAAAGAAAAUGUUUCACAGGAAGAAAAUUCUACAAGGAAGGAUGCUUCGCUAGUAGAUUCAUGCUCACAUAAACAAGUCCUGGAAUGUUCUGAGCCUCAAAUAUCAGAACUUAACACAAGUUCGAGUUUGUGCACAGAAAAGAAUGAAGGAGAGCCUUGGAGUAACCGACAUGAUUCCUCAAAGAAUAAUGAAGCAAACUGUGAUAGCGAGAAUGAUGGGAAGCCUGUUCUUGAAGUUGCAGGUUUUGAGUCAACAAAUAUAAAGGAAAAUUGUCUUAUCUCUCAUGAAGUUGGUUUACCGAAGCAUUUAACUUCUGUUCAACAAGAUUUUGAUACCGAGGUUGAUCAAAUUUUGCCUGAUACACAAAAUGUCGAAACCAACCAGAGGAAGAAGAAAACAAUCAUAACAAGUCAUAAUGAAAGGGGAAUGCCCUCUUUCUCUGUUAAUGAUUUAAAAACUACUGAGGAGCAGGCUUUGGCACAGACCUCGCAGGACCAUUCAUACAGGGAACAUGCAGCUGUCGUUUCGGAGAUUAAGUUAGAUGUAAUACUGGAAGGUAGUCAUGUUACAUCAGCAAAAGUUUCAGAACAUAUUCUGCAGAAGAAAUGCACUGCAAAUGGUUCAAAUAGUGAAGUCACAUCCAAGGAGGUUGCGGACAGAAUGGAAAUGAAUCCAGAAGAGGCUAUUGGUGGAGACAGAAUCGUGGAAGAUUUAUCAGUGUUAAAGAUCUAUGAGGAGUGCAUUGAAGAGAGAAAUAAUCGUACUGUAGCUGAGGUAUCGAUUCCAGUUCAAAAUAAACAUGAGAAGGAUGACAGCUGCAAUAAGUGUCUAAUUAAUUGCAAGAGAAGUUGUGAUGAUUUGGCUGGCCAUGACUUUUCUUGCACUCCCAGGCAAAAGAAUGCAGAGAAAGAAACAAAGAUAGAAGAGGGUAUUCCUUCUUUAUCCAGUUUGAAUAUAACAAAAGAUAGUGGUGACCUAAAUGAUGCUGAUAAACAAGACAAUUUCUCCCAAAUUUUGCAUUCUUUGUCAGAAAGACCUUGUGCUAGUCAUUCUAAGAGGAAGCUUCUUGUGCUUGACUUGAAUGGACUACUUGCAGAUAUUGUUCCAUAUGUUCCUUAUGGAUAUAGGCCAUAUGCUAGAGUAUCAGGAAAAUCAGUUUUUAAGAGGCCUUCCUGUGAAGAUUUUUUGGCGUUUUGCUUUAAGAGAUUUGAUGUUGGAAUCUGGUCAUCAAGAUUGAAGAAAAAUGUUGACAGUUUGGUUCAUAUUCUUUUCAGAGAUACACAACACAAAUUGCUGUUCUGUUGGGAUGCAUCUCACUGUACUAGAACAGGAUUGCAGACUAUUGACAAUAAAGAUAAACCUCUUGUUUUGAAGGAACUGAAAGUUUUGUGGGAAUAUCUUGGACAUCAUCCUUCUUUGGUAAAUCAAGAAUAUAAUGAGUCAAACACCUUGUUGGUGGAUGAUUCCCCUUACAAGGCUUUGCGCAAUCCAGCACACACAGGAUUAUUUCCCUAUUCCUACCAGUAUAAGGAUGUUCGGGAUUCUUCAUUAGGACCUGAAGGCGAUCUUAGGUUAUAUCUAGAAAGGCUAGCUGUUGCUGAGAAUGUUCAGAAGUUCGUUGAGCAAAAUCCAUUUGGUCAACGAGCUAUUACAGAAUCAGACCCAUCAUGGGAUUUUUACUCAAGGAUUUUAAGCACGAGUUGAUGUCAUUACUGCUGAUCUCACAAUAUCACGUUCUAUAUCUUUAACCAAAUUUAUUAUUUUUCCUGAAUGAUGUUUUAUAAAUUGCUUCUAGAGAUUGCUCAGGUGUGGGAAUGCAAGACUGGUUAGAUAAUUCUUUUCCCCAUGCAGCCUGAUCACCUCACUGGUCGUGAGCCAUACAACGCCAAUAAUUUGUCCUGUGGUUAGUCUAUACUCCAACACGAACAUUUUCUUUUCGACCGAGUAUUUUGAAUUGUCAUUGUAACAUUUACUGAUUCAAGUACAUGUAUAUAUAAUACCCUCUUUCCAGUUUUGGUAGGGCUUUACACUUCCAGACUUUUCUUUGUGGGGGAUAAAGGAGGCUUAAAAGAUUUUUGUUCUCCUUUUUGACCAAGACAGGAGUUAUAUAAUGAGAUGAAGUUAAUGAGGAAGUGUUACAUGAUAUUCAACUA